CGCCAGGUGACAGCUAAUGGCGGCGGCCGCCCGAGGCGGGCGCUAGAGCUGGGCUGCAGGAGGCGCUCGGUGGGACCUUCCGGCCGCCGCUCCCCGCGCGACUGUGGCGUCCCGGCGGCGGCAGGGCUUGGCGCGAUAUGGACAGGCCGGCGGCGGCGGCGGCGGCGGCAGUGGGCUGCGAGGGCGGCGGGGGCCCGAACCCGGGGCCGGCGGGCAGCAGGAGGCCUCCUCGGAUCGCGGGGGGCGCCACCGCCAGCUCCCGGCAGCCCAGCGUGGAGACCCUGGACAGUCCUACAGGAUCACAUGUUGAAUGGUGUAAACAGCUUAUAGCAGCUACAAUUUCUAGUCAGAUUUCAGGUUCAGUGACAUCAGAAAAUGUAUCCAGAGAUUAUAAGCAGAGUUGGGUCUUGCCCUUGCUCAAGGUAGUCUAUAACUCUCGAGUUCCAGAAUUCCACCCACUUCAGCUGGGAUUACAGGUUUUCAGGAGGCCUGAUAUAAGGAGUAUUCAUAAAGCAAGACAAAGAUUGGAGCUUCAGGAAGAACACAAUGGCUACCCUUCUGAAGCUGAAGCUGAUCAGGCUCUAAGGGAUGGAAAUAAGCUGGCCCAGAUGGAGGAAGCAUCACUUUUUCCAGGAGAAUCAAUUAAGGCCAUUGUGAAAGAUGUCAUGUAUAUCUGCCCAUUUAUGGGAGCAGUGAGUGGAACCCUGACAGUGACGGACUUUAAGAUGUACUUCAAAAGUGUAGAGAGGGAUCCACAUUUCAUUCUUGAUGUUCCCCUUGGAGUGAUCAGCAGAGUUGAGAAGAUUGGAGCACAGAGCCAUGGAGACAAUUCUUGUGGUAUAGAGAUCGUGUGCAAGGAUAUGAGGAAUUUGCGACUUGCUUAUAAACAGGAAGAACAGAGUAAAUUAGGGAUAUUUGAAAACCUCAACAAACAUGCAUUUCCCCUUUCCAGUGGGCAGGCACUAUUUGCAUUCAAUUAUAAAGAAAAAUUUCCAAUUAAUGGCUGGAAAGUUUAUGAUCCAGUAUCUGAAUAUAAGAGACAGGGCUUGCCAAAUGAGAGUUGGAAAAUAUCCAAAAUUAACAGUAAUUAUGAGUUCUGUGAUACAUACCCUGCCAUCAUUGUUGUGCCAACUAGUGUAAAAGAUGAUGACCUUUCUAAGGUGGCAGCGUUUCGAGCCAAAGGCAGAGUCCCUGUGUUGUCAUGGAUUCAUCCAGAAAGUCAGGCAACAAUUACCCGUUGCAGCCAGCCACUUGUGGGUCCCAAUGAUAAACGCUGCAAAGAGGAUGAAAAGUACUUGCAAACAAUAAUGGAUGCUAACGCACAGUCACACAAACUUGUCAUCUUUGAUGCUCGACAAAACAGUGUUGCUGAUACCAACAAGGCAAAGGGUGGAGGAUAUGAAAGUGAAAGUGCUUACCCAAAUGCAGAGCUCUUGUUCUUGGAGAUCCACAACAUUCAUGUGAUGAGAGAGUCGCUGCGCAAAUUAAAGGAGAUAGUGUACCCUUCCAUUGAUGAGGCCCGGUGGCUGUCCAACGUGGAUGGCACUCACUGGCUGGAAUACAUAAGGAUGCUUCUGGCUGGGGCAGUAAGAAUUGCUGAUAAAAUAGAAUCUGGGAAAACCUCCGUGGUGGUACAUUGCAGUGAUGGUUGGGACCGGACAGCCCAGCUCACAUCUCUGGCUAUGCUCAUGUUGGACAGUUAUUACCGGACCAUUAAAGGAUUUGAAGCUCUCAUAGAAAAGGAGUGGAUAAGCUUUGGCCAUAGGUUUGCGCUGCGAGUGGGCCAUGGUGAUGACAAUCAUGCUGACGCUGACCGCUCUCCUAUAUUUCUUCAGUUUAUUGAUUGUGUUUGGCAAAUGACAAGACAGUUCCCUUCAGCGUUCGAGUUUAAUGAACUGUUUUUGAUUACAAUUUUGGACCAUCUUUAUAGCUGUCUCUUUGGGACCUUUCUGUGCAACUGUGAACAACAGCGAUUCAAAGAGGAUAUAUGUACAAAAACUGUAUCUUUAUGGUCAUACAUCAAUAGCCAGCUAGAUGAAUUCUCCAAUCCCUUCUUUGUGAAUUAUGAAAACCAUGUGUUAUAUCCUGUUGCUAGUCUGAGUCAUUUGGAAUUAUGGGUGAACUAUUAUGUACGAUGGAACCCACGGAUGAGACCUCAGAUGCCAAUCCACCAGAAUCUCAAGGAGCUGCUGGCUGUCAGGGCGGAGCUGCAGAAGCGGGUGGAGGACCUGCAGCGGGAGGUGGCCACGCGCACUGUCUCCUCGUCUGAGCGGGGAUCCUCGCCUUCCCACUCAGCCACUCCUGUCCACACCUCGGUCUGACGGGCAAGGCCAGCUGUGUUGGGCCAUCCUGCUGCUCUGCUGUCUCUUGGUGGCUUGGGAAAGGGACCUAGCACUCACUGUUGUGGCUGUGAUAGUGUCUUUAGGAUUAGGCCAGGGACAUUUGUGUGGCUGGGUGAUGGCUCCCACUAUUGCCAAGUGCUUGUUGUUUUGUGAACAGCCUAUUUGCCUCCUGUCAGUGGUUUCACUGGGGAGACAUCGGUCACGUCCACCCUGUGAACCGACUAUCAUCCAGGCAGCUUGGGAGAACUGGAGUGAGCAGAACGCAGCCCUCAAGGCUCAGACUUUUCCUUUCCAUUCACUAGGGAGACCACAGUAUAGCCCUGGGGCUUCCCUUAGCUCAUUGCCACAACGUGGAAACUGUGCUUAAAUGAAAUAUUUGGGGGAGAAGACAAGCGAUUGCCAUCUAUUCCACGGUUCUCCUUGCCCAGGGGGUCCUUCCGUAAUAAUUCCUGUUGUAUACAUAUAAGGUAUUUUUAAAAAAGAGAAACAUGCCUUUAUUUUCCUAUGUCCUUUUCUAUGUUUAGAGCAGCCACCUGCAGAGGUAUCAGCUUAACUGGGCUGUGUGAGUUGUUUUCCACCGAACUUCAAACUCUUAUGUGGUACACUCAGAAUGAUUUGAACAUGUCACUUCGGUGGCAGUGUGCACGCCCUCACCUGACUGUGGUACUCCCUCCUGAAGUGUCUCAGUGCAUGGCUGGGGCUGGGUGUGUGCUCGGUCCCCAGCCCUGCUGAUGGGAAGCUGGGGACGCAGGCAGGUGUGUGCAGGAGCUGGCCCCUGGCCAUCACUCCCGAGCCAUCUGAUCUUGUGUCCUCCACCUCUUUACAGACGUGGCUGCUUGUGUCAAGGCACAUAUGCCUGUGUUAGCUAAUUUCUCAUUUUAUCAUGUGACUGUCACUGUGGCUUCGGGCUGGAAAAGCAUAGCACGUACUUUCUGUGGCUUUCCCUCCACAGAGCCAACCGCAGCCUCUCCUGCUUUUGCACUUUCACUUAGUGACUUUGAGCUCUGUGACGCCAUCAGUUCUUGCAGGAAUUAGUUGACCAUCAGUUGGUUCCAUCUGCUAAAGCACUAGGGCCAUUCACUACUCUGUGAGACGCACCACAGGGCGAAUAUUGCACAUGUGGACCGUGCCCCUCAGGCCACACCCCUCCCCUGUGCUGUGCCCACUGCCACAGCUCCCGGGCCCCCACCUGAGGCCUUUGAGAGGUGGCCUCAGAAGCUCACAGGGUCAAACCCUAGGACAACUGUGUUAUAGCAUUAGGGGGUUGCUUUCAAAUUACUGAAUUUGAUGCAAAGUCCUACAUAUUGACCUUAUUUUUGACAAUAUAUUCUUAAAUUUUUUUAUGAUCAAAUACAUAGAGAAUAGAUUUUUUAAAACUUGGAACCUUUUGAUUGUUACAGAAAAUUAUCCUUCUCAAAGAAACCAGAAAAAUGUAUUCAAGUUAAAUUGAUAACCUAAACGAAUUCUCCAUUUUUCUCAUCAAGGGUGUUUGUUUCUAAGUCAUAGUUCUAUUGAUAUCAGCUUUUAUGUUCCCAACAAUCUGAAAGUUUAUGAGUAGAUAAACUGGAGUUUUCACUGAUACAUAUUUUUUUUUUUAAAUGAGGAUAUUUCCCAUUUUCAUCCUAGAAAUGGCAUUUUAAAUGUACCGUGGACAGGAUGAUGCUUUUGACAGAACCAGAGAAGGCAAGUUAGGGGGAACCUGGCACCCAGACUGGGCCCUGUGUGCCCUCACCAGCCAGGGGUGACUCUGCCUUGGGCUUCCUGGACACUCCCACUUGACUUUAAAGAAGCACAAGGGAUCAUUUUCCUUUCUAUGUCCCUGUUUCUAAAACAACUUGAAGCAUAGUUUAUUAUCUAAGCAUUUUUUUUGUUUUAUUUAAGUGCACUAGGAUGUAAAACCUUUAUGGUUCAGGUUUAUAAAACUGGUACAGUAUCAUAUUUGCCUUAUCUGAUGCACUGUAUGUCAAUCUGUAAAUAAAAUGUUUGUUCCCUGCUCUUUUUGGUUGUUUCCUUUUUAAGUAUCUCAGUAGAUUGUUCCCUUGAA